CCUUUAACACGUUAUUUCUCACUUUUUCUUUCCCACAACACCUUCAAAUUAAAAUUCUCUCUCCAAAACACAACAUAAACUAAUUAUAAAAACAUUUCAAGAAACAUAUUAACGUCCGUCUGCAUUGCAUAGAAUUGUUAGAAAAAUGUUAAGGAUGGUUGCUAAGCCGUUAGAAAGAUGUUUAGGACGACGAGGCGACGUACUGUUGUGGCAUAAUGAUUUGAAGCCUCAUGCUUCCGGUGAUUUUUCUAUUGCAGUUGUGCAAGCGAAUUCUAACCUUGAAGAUCAAAGUCAGGUUUAUACGUCUCCUUCCGCGACUUAUGUGGGUGUUUAUGAUGGUCAUGGUGGUCCUGAAGCGUCUCGUUUUGUUAAUAAGAACUUGUUCCCUUUCAUUCAUAAGUAUGCAACAGAACAAGGGGGUAUAUCUGCAGAAGUAAUAAAGAAGGCAUUUAGUGCCACCGAAGAGAAGUUUUUUCAGUUUGUGAAGCAUCAACUGCCAAUUAGACCACAGAUUGCGUCAGUUGGAUCAUGUUGUCUUGUUGGUGCUAUAUCUAAUGAUGAAUUACAUGUUGCUAACCUUGGGGACUCAAGAGUAGUCCUUGGUCGGAAAUCAUCUAAUGGAGGAAAAUCUAGAGUCGUUGCAGAGCGUUUGUCUAGAGAUCAUAAUGUUUCGUAUGAGGAGGUCAGGAAGGAGGUUGAAGCACAACAUCCCGGUGAUUCUCCUGUCGUUCUAUAUAUUCGUGGAGUUUGGAGAAUCAAGGGUAUAAUUCAGGUAUCAAGAUCUAUCGGAGACUUCUAUUUGAAGAAGCCCGAAUUUCACAGGGACCCACGUCUUCUGCAAUAUGGACACCAUGUUCCUUUGAAAAAGCCUGUAUUGACCGCAGAACCUUCUAUCAUUUCUAGAAAACUUAGGUCCCAAGACUUGUUUCUGAUAUUUGCUUCUGAUGGACUUUGGGAGCAUUUGAGUGAUGAAGAAGCAGUGGAUAUUGUUUACAAAAAUCCAAGAGCGGGAAUAGCGAAAAGAUUAGUAGGAGCUGCCAUUCGUGAGGCUACCAAAAAGAGGGAGCUGAGAUACAAGGAUAUAAUGAAAAUAGAAAGGGGCAUUAGACGUCAUUUCCAUGAUGACAUAUCUGUGAUAGUAAUCUACCUUGAUCACGAAAAAGCAUCUAAGCACAGCAACCUAGGCUUUACGACCGCCCCUAUUGAUAUCUUUUCUCAUAACGAAGAUAAAGUUGUGGAAGAUCCCCUCUUGAAGAACUAAGAAUGCUAAGUCACUUAGCAAAAACAGUGAGAAAGAUACCUAACAGUACGUGUGUAAAUACUUUUGCAAGAGUGAACGUAGAUACAAGAGUGAUAGGAUCGUGCUGAUAUGAUACAAACUGUAACUUGUAUCUGAAUUCGGUUCAUUGAGUUCUAACAUAUUCCUUUGUUUUUUGGUCAA